CAGUCGCCAGUAAACUUAUUAACCCCUAUCAGUGCCCAUUGUGGCUGUUGCGAGGAAAGAACUAAAUUUGGAAAAUUCUUUUACAUUAUUUUGGAGAAAGUAUAACUUUGAUUAUUUUUAUCAUUUUUUUUGAAAUCAACGGAGUAAAAAAUGCCUCAACACCAGUCCGUGAAGCGCAUUACUCACUUGCAACUGAUUUUCAUCUGUUGUCUAAUAUUUUACUGGAUGCACAAUGUGAGUGGCGCAAUACGUCGCGUGCCCGAUCGUUCGCGAAUACCAUGUGAAAAUCCUGAGCCGCUACCAAAUGGUUUUUCAGCGCUGCGACGUCGCAACAUGAUGCUGUUACACUAUUGUAAUUACGGCUUCAAGCUGUUCGGUGAUCGGCGUACGACAUGCAACCGUGGCAAAUGGGUUGGCAAUCGUCCAAUAUGUGCAAGCAAUGUAUGUAGUAGUCCAACGAAGAAUCCAGAAAAUGGCCGAAUACAAUAUGUGGAUCAGUAUCAUAUCGGUGUCUACUGUUCGGAGGGCUUUGAGUUGGCUGGUAACCGAUAUGCAUAUUGCAACGGCACCGAUUGGGAUCGUCCGCUGGGCUAUUGUAGACGACGCCCCGGCAGAGUGAGUCAUGAAUGUGAUUUUGAGCCAGACGACAAGUGCGGUUGGGUCACGGACAUAGCCGAUGGUUUCCAAUGGAAACGCACCAUGGCCACUAAUGUGUUCACCUCAUUUCACACGGGACCGCGUCACGAUCACACUACAAUGCAAGCCAGCGGUGGCCACUAUAUGCUGAUGGAAAGUUUCGGUGCCACAUCAACGCCAGCCGCCCUCACCUCGCCCAUAUAUGAACGUGCGAUAAGCUUGAAGACUGCGUGUUGCUUUCAAUUUUACUAUUUAAUGUAUGGCGCUGGUGUUGGCAAUUUAAGAGUCUACAUAAAACCGUUGACGAAAAUGCUAUCGGAAGUUAUUGACGACAAAGAAACCUAUUUAAAAUUCACCAAGUCUGGCAAUCAGAAUAGUAACUGGAACGAGGCGCACUUCAGUAUCGACGAACAGGAAGACGAUUUUCAAAUAGUAUUCGUCGCGGAUGGCGCUAAGAAUCACUUAAGCGACAUAGCUAUAGACGAUGUGAAAAUAAUGUUCGGUACCGAGUGUAAGGCUUUGGAUAAUCAUGAUGAUGAAGCCGAUGACUCCGGCGAGUAUGAGCCCACCACUACAGAACAAUCACUGUAUGACACUUUAUCGUGCGUGUCACGUUGCGGCACUGAGACGAAUAGCGGUAUAAUGCGUAAUGCUACACAUUUGAUAGGUCUUUGCAGUUGUCACGAUAGUUGUAUAGCGGACGAUGAUUGCUGUCCGGACUAUACGAAAGUGUGUCUCGAUGCGCCACCGGAGUCGUCAACGGUAAAUAUACCGGAAACUACAACAACUACGGUUAGAAGUGAUACGAAAUCGACAACAACAACAACGUUAAAAGAAAUUAUAACCACAAAACCAACAACCACGUCAAGCACAACGACAACAACAACAACGACGUCAACAACAACAACCAAGAAACCCACUACAAUAACCAAAAAAGCCACAACAACAAAUACAACCACUACAACAUUGCCUCCGACUACAUCAACCACACGCAAGCCGACAACAAUAGCAAAAAACACAACCACAACACAGAAGCCGACAACAACGAGCACGCGCAAGCUGAUAACAACCUCAUCCACAACACCGAAACCAAAGCCUACAACUACUAAACGCGCAACACCCUCAACAACAACAACAACUACUACUACUACCACAACAAUUCGUACAAUUCCAACAACAAUAACGUCGUCUACAAAACGUUCCACUACGUCAACCACAACUUUACCUGUAACUCAGCCUUAUACACUCUACACACAACCUAUUUUAAGCGUGACCACCGUCGCAAGUGUUAACCGCAAAACUGCCGCAGGCGAGACCAAGGAAUUGCCAACAAAGAAUCAAACGCAAACCAAUGCCAACACACAUACUUGGGAAUGGCAUCCGAAGCCAGAGUCAAACCCGCGCGAAAAUUUGGUGUUACUAUUUAUAUUUGGCGUACUGCUUAUAGCAAUUGCUACAGCAGUAGUAUAUCGUCGAAAAGAAGCAAUCAAAGCCAUUUGGUUAAGAAAGAAUGAAAACGAGGGUGGCGCAGAAGACACUAACUCGAUAAUAGCAAAUUUUGCAACCGACGACACCCCUCGCAAUGGCGGCAAUACGCCGGGUGGAAGUACAGCCGGAAAUCAUAUAAAACUGUCAUUUCCCGGCUUAAAGAAGGGCAAACCGGAUAAACGUGCACGCUCAGAUGAAGAACCAUUGUUUAGUGAAAAUCAAAGUGACGGCAUACCGCUUCUCUGAGCAACCGAAGUAUGCGAAGAGAAGGCCGUUCCACGCACAGCUAACCGUAACUGAGUAGUUUUUGUGAAAUUGUUCCAUAAUAAUCUAAAUAAAGCAGCAUAUGU